GACAAAGGGCGGGGUUUGUGUUCCCAGCUCCAGGGGAAAGCCGUCUGGAUUCCUCUCCCUGACCAUCCCCUACUGCCAGGCAAGGUGACCAGAGAGCCCUUCUGAACGCUCUGCCAGGUCGUGUGGUGGCAGGAGUUGGCGUUUCCGAUUCUGAUACGCGCUGCAGUCUGCCGGGGAGAAGCAACACGCGAGAGACGCAGUCGCCAGCGAGGAAGGCAGGCCCCGUCUGGGGAUUUUAGAAACCCUGCGGUCCAUCAUGAAGUUCCAGUAUAAAGAGGACCACCCCUUUGAAUAUCGGAAAAAGGAAGGAGAAAAGAUCCGGAAGAAAUAUCCGGACAGGGUCCCUGUGAUCGUGGAGAAGGCCCCAAAAGCCAGGGUACCUGACCUGGACAAGAGGAAGUACCUGGUGCCCUCUGACCUCACCGUUGGCCAGUUCUAUUUCUUAAUCCGGAAGAGGAUCCACCUGCGACCUGAGGACGCCUUAUUCUUCUUUGUCAACAAUACUAUCCCUCCCACUAGUGCUACCAUGGGCCAGCUGUAUGAGGACAACCACGAGGAAGACUAUUUUCUUUAUGUGGCCUACAGCGAUGAGAGUGUCUAUGGGAAGUGAGUGAUGGAAGCCCAGCAGAUGGGAGCACCUGGACUUGGGGGUCAGGGGGAGGGGUGUGUGCGGGACUUGGGGGAAGAGAGGGAGGGCUGCCACCAUGAGGAGACAAGAAGGUAAAGACAUCUGGAAACACUACACUGCACCCCGUCAUCAUAUUUUCACAUGCUCACUUGACGUUUCUGCUGCUUCCUUGGCCCCGGGGGAAAGCACGUCAGGACCCAGCUGCUGGAUUGGCUUUGAUAGACGAAUGGCAAUGGCAUAAUUCACAGCACUGCUGUGAAUUAAUUUUUGUGUGAUUUCAUAGAAAGCUCAGGAGUUAGGGCAUGUUGGGGCCAGAGAAGAUGGUGGUCCAGCAGCAACUUCCUAUUCCCCCUUCUCUUUGGGCAGAGAUUCUAUUUUUGACAUUUGCACAAAAUGGCAAGGGAGAGGGGAUGGGAAUGUUUUAGGACUGCUGCUAGUGGACCAUUCCUGGGGACCAAAAGAGUAAUCCACUAUAUUUAAAGCAUUGUGACCCCGAUCUCUCCUAUCUCCACACCCCCAUCCCAUCCCGGUUAUAAUCUCACACACAUACGUCACACCCUGGUGGUGGCGAUAGAUAUCAGACAUCAGAGCUGGAGCGCUCUUACUUUUGGAAAAUAGGGGUCAGGUGGUUAUGAUUAUGAAGAUAGUUUCGACAACAUUAAACUGGAAUUGACUGAGCCUGAAGCGUCUCUAUCUAAGCUGCUCUUUUUCUGAUGCCCUUUAUCUCACAUCUUCCUGUGGACUUUAUUAAGUCUCAGACAUUUCCAAUUGUAGGCAAAAACCACUUCCGUAGCAAGUCCCAAACUGGGCUCCAUGUAUAGGGACAGAGAUGUCUUACGUAUUGAAGGGGCAGGCAUGAGGCAAGACAGAUCAUCUACACCUUCCACUCAUCCAGAAUUCUUGCUCCCUUACUGCUUGAUUUCCACUGUCCCUUCAGUCUCACACGCACACGAAUGCUAAGUGACGGCCAGCUGCUUCGCCCCUUUGCUUUUCAUCCACUGCAGCUGCUAGUUAGACAAGUGUGGGGGGAUGACUUUAGUAAUUCAUGGGGUUCUGUUGAUUCUGAUUCUUUUCACUUUAGGGGUUAUGAUGCGGGGUGGGGGUGGGGAGCAGGAAUUGCACUCAGACAUGACAUUUCAAUCAUCUCUGCUAAUGAAAAGGGUCCUUCCAAUUGGGAGAAGCCUAUGCGUCGGUUCUGUCAGCUGCAGGUUCUUGUAUAAUGAAGUGUAUGCUGUCAGGCCAAGGAAAUAAAAUAAUUGCAUAACUGUAAAAACCCACCAUGGUUUCAGAAACAUUGCCUUUAUUUAGUAUGCGUUAGAAUAGAUGGUAUGUGGAUUCUCUGAGCAAAAACUUGAGUGGGGGGUGGCUGUUAGCAAUGAAUGCUCAUGUAUGGCUAGAGGUGUAUGUUUACUCAGUUCUUUUUGAGAAGCUGCUAUCCAAAGGUGAGUGCACCUAGGUCUGGUGCGUUGGUGUGUGCUUGAUUUUCUCCUCCACAGUUAAGCGCUUUGUCACUGCUUUAUGUGUUUCUCAAAGCUCAAGCUGGAAGACUGCCUACAUUUGAGUAUCUGGGGUGGAGGCGGGGAACUGCCUAUUAAAAAUGCAGACACCUAGGCCUUGUCCUAGAUUUAGCUGACUCAGAAUCUCAGCGUAGGCGUCUGCAUUUUUAACAAACUCCCCAUGUGAUUCUGCUGCACAGUGAAGUUUGAGAAUCACCGCUCUAUGCACCUAAUUUUGCGGUAAGUCCCAACCACACCUAAUCUGUCCACUUCAUCUGGGUCAGCAUGACACUAUCAUCUCCCAGAGCAGCAUAUGGCACCUCAGUAAGACUCCCGGGUCAGAAUAAGCUUGGUGUCUUCUGACCAUAAAAAUGUCAGUCAGUCAGUCAAGAACCAGUUGUAGGGGCGUGAGUUAUAUUAGACAAGGAAGAAGAUGAGUUGAAAUUCCUUUCUUAGAGAACCUUGAAGCCCAUCUCUAACCCUUUUUAAUCUCUUGCAGCCAUAUCCUUAAGUGGGGUCUACCUCUGUAGAGUUGUAUAGAAUAUAUUGGUCACCAAAAAGGAAGUAGCGGACAUAAAAAAUCCAUGGCAGGAUUCUGCCAACCACCAAACCAUGCCCUGUGUACUGAUGAUGGAAAUGAAGUCAGGAUUGAGAGCAAAGGAAAAGCUUGAGCCCAACAAGCACCACAUGCAGAAAAUUAUGGAAAUCUCCAAGGAAGUUUGAUGGGGACAUCAGAGUAUUAGAAAUGGACACUUAACAGUACUGACAGAAAAAUAUUGGAAUAUUCCCUGAUAGGAAAGCCAUAUGGAAGCUAACAGUUGAAUGUUAAGAUAUGAACUGUAUUUUGAAACUAAUAGACUUACCUGCUAACAAAACUUACCUAAGGAUAAGAUUGGAUGAAUAUUUAAAAGAAAACAGAGCAGGUCCCAGCUCUCUAUCCACAUCUGAAGCA